AUGGCUUUUCCUACUGAGGCAGAGUGCAGGAAGAUUGCGGAGGACUUAAAGACCACGUGGGCUUUCCCUAAUUGCGUUGGUGCACUGGACGGAAAGCAUGUGGUAAUUGAGGCACCUCCACGUAGCGGCUCCCUCUAUUACAAUCAUAAGGGGACGUUCUCCAUUGUGCUGUUGGCUGUGGUGGAUGCCCGGUAUCGCUUCAGGGUGGUUGACAUUGGUGCCCCUCUACCUGGAGCAGAGCACCUGGGGCCCAUUCCUCAUGUGUUUCUGGCGGACGAGGCAUUCCCGUUGAGGAGAAGUCUCCUCCUCCACUCCUACCCUGGGAACACUGUGGGGGAAAAGCGUGUCUUUAAUUACCGUCUCUCUCACGGCAGGAGAAUGGUAGAGUGUGUCUUCGGCAUUCUAGCAACCCAGUGGAGGAUUUACCGGAGGGUGCUUGGUGUGUCAGCGCAGGUAGCCGAGACAGUCAUCGAAGCAACAUGCAUCCUUCAUAACUUUCUGGGUGAUGAAGCUGGAGCACCGACUGGUCCUGCAGAACCAUCUGCUGCAAUUCAAAAUGUUGCCAGGGUUGGCAGCAACAAUGCCAGCAGAGAGGCCAUCACUGUGAGGAGCCAAUUCACAGCUGGCCAAGUCCCCUGGCAGAACCACCUGUACAUGUGAUGGUCAUCUGGCGCCCCCUUGUGACCUUUAGUGGUCACUAUAGAUGAAGAGGAGAAGCGGUUCCCUUGGAGACUUUUUAGAUCCAGGGUUUUUAAUCUAUAUUUCAGACAGUAUUUUAGUCUGUUUUUAAAAUCUUUUUCUCCGUAAAAAGAAUUUGUAAAUUAUUUUAAUUACUUGAGAAUAUUUGUUUACAAUCAGUUCUCUCAUCAAUUUUUUGUAAAUACAAAAUUAUCAAUUCUCAAUUUUUCUCU